AUGUCUCUUGUUCACUUCCACUACGACCCUUUCACCGAGUUCGAGCGCCUCUUCGACGAUGCUUUCAGUGCCCGGUUCCGUCCAACAUCUGAUGUCAGCCGAGCCGUCGAAAGCGGGUCUCGUGUCGGGACAUUCCGUCCAAAGAUGGAUUUGAUCGAGAUAGAGGAUAACAAAGUCAUGGCCGUGUUUGAUUUGCCUGGCAUGCAGUCGGAGAAUGUCACAAUUGACGUGCAGCAGAACCGCCUCACCAUCUCAGGGGAAAUGAGUGCAGAGAGUGAUCACACAGAGAAGGAUUACGCUGUGCGUGAGCGCACACACGGAAAGUUCUCUCGUAUCUUGCAGCUACCUGUAGGAACAGAGCCUGGUAAUGUCAAAGCAAGUAUGGAGAAUGGAGUUUUGAAAGUUACUUUCCCAAAAACUGCGAAGGAGCAAGAGACCCAGCGUAUCGAUAUCACCUGA